UGUUCACCGGCUUAUCGUGUGGCCUUCAAACUCCAAAAGUGCAUAAAGUGUUGAUGGAUAAUUAAAUUUAUAAACAAUAUCCAGUGGACUGGAUUUUUUGUUGUUUAUUUGCUUGGAUGGAGGUAGAGUAACAAGUGGUGGUUGUAGUGCAUGAAGAAUAUUAAUUAAAUUGUGGAAGUGGAAUUACUCUGGGGAUGAAGAUGAGGGUGAGAACUGCUGGAGUGUGUUGCAUUUUUUUGUCGAUGUUUUUGGAGGAAUCCGAGGGAUUAAUUGAUCCGAUCACUGGAGGGCUUGUAGCCAGCCUCGCCGGUCUUUUUUAUUAUGGUUAUAACCAACAAAAGACCAAGUGUGAUAGGCAGGAGUGCUGUGAGAGUAGAUACAUCGAAAAAAAUAUCUCAUAUUUACGAAAAGCACUGGGAGAUCGUUUAUUUGGUCAGCACAUAGCUUCGAAAACGAUAGUGAGUGCACUAGGUGCUCACAGAGCAGUCAACUCCCCGAAUAAACCUCUGACCAUGAGUUUCCACGGGCUGGCAGGCACUGGCAAGAAUUACGUAGCCCAAAUGAUUGCUUUUGCUUAUUUCAAAAAAGGACAGAAUAGCAAAUACUAUCAUUUCUUCAAUGGUCGGACUGAAUUUCCACUGGCUAGUCGAUUAGAAUUUUAUCAGGAAGAUUUGAGGGACAGAAUUUACGAAGCUCUCAUCGAUUGUCCUGAUUCCCUCUUCGUUUUUGAUGAAGUCGACAUGAUGACCUCUGGAGUUUUAGACGCCCUCGUACCUUUCCUAGACUACGGAAACAGUCUCAUCUAUUGGCAGGGGCGAAAUCGACCGAUUGAGAAAAAUCGUGCUGUCUACAUUUUCCUGUCGAAUACAGGGAGUCAGGAGAUUGUCAACACACUGACGCAGCUUUGGGAACAGGGAAAGAGCAGAAAUGAAACGACCCUCAGUGACUUUGAGAGAUUGAUACUGACGGGUGCCUUCAACGAGAAGGGGGGCUUCCACAAGAGCGACACCAUCAGGACGAAUGUAAUCGAUCACUUCGUGCCAUUUCUCCCUCUCGAGGAGGAGCACGUGAUAAGCUGUGUGAAAGCUGCUUUCGACAACUGGAACAAGAAUCCAACGCCUGAGAUGAUUCAGGAGGCGAUGGCUUACGUCACUUACAGCCCACCUCACAAUCUUUAUGCCAAGAGCGGCUGCAAGAGGAUCGAACAGAAAGUCAAUUCUAUUGUUUAUCAACGUGGAGAUUGAAUAAUGUGUUUGUGGACUCGAUCAUUUUUUACUUCUUGUUGAUGUGGAUUUAUCUUGAAAAUGAGUGAUGAAUCCUGCGAGUAAACAUGUCUUUGUAUUUUACCCUAAAGUCACUUGUCAUCAGGAUACUUGCCAUCAGUAUCUCAAUACUUCAAUACUUCUUGUUAAAAACGUCAAUCAACAUUCCAUCAGAUACAAAAAAUGGUCUUUGACGUUUUCCUCUAAACCCACUCAUUCUCAAGAUAAUCAACAAAACACUGGACAAAAAAAUUGAGAGAUUAAAAAUCCUCGACUCAAACAUUUUAGAGUUAUGUGAAUAUUCCAGAAAUCAAUUUUUUACACAAUAAAUAUUCGUUAAUCGUGAAUUUCUCAAGAAAAAACUGCAUUUAUGGUUGAGAAAUAAAAUAGUGUAUUUUUUUAUAUGUACAUAAAAUUUAUGUUUAUGUAUAUAAUUCAUUGACUUAACGGAUUUCUUAUUGGCACAAUCGGAAAACAUUUUGCGAUGUUUAAAAACCAAGUUAUUCAAGCGAAUAACACUGGACAUUAGUUGAAAAUCAGCAGUACAGAUAGACUUAGGCGAUUUUUUGCAUGAUUUCAUUACUCCAUAAUCUCUCUCGCGGUGUACAAAUAUCUCUUUCGUCACUUGGGAUUAACUAAAUCGACAAUCUGGCUAAAAAGUUACACACAGUGAAAAAAAAAACAUUUUUUCCACAUUAAAAUUGCUUAUUAAAAUCAUCAUAAAAAUAAUAAAAAUAUUAAAAUAUCGAUAAUGAUUAAAAUCCAGGGACUAGUUGAAUAAUCCUGUGUUUAUCCUCACAGAAAAAUACAUUCUCUCUGGAUCUCUUUGGAUUUGACACAUUAUAUACGUUUUAUUAUUGAGGAUGUACAGGAAAAACAAAACGACAUCAUCAAUAACUCAUUUAAAAAUAUAAAAAAUCUCUAAAAACAUAAAAAAAAAUCCAGAGACUACGUCUCCAGAAUCACCUCAGAGGCCUUGAAUCUCGUCUAAAACAAUUUAGUUGAUUAAAAAUUUUACACCGCAAUAAAACGCUUUAAAUUAAAAUCUCUCCUGAUUAAGGAGUUGUUGUUGUACCCCCUGUACAUCCCAGAUGUUCUUAAAAUUAAAAAAUAAUUUUUCAUAUACUAGA